AAAAAAAACAAAUAAUGUCUACGGUUGACGCCUUGACGCUUGAUGAUUUUUUUCAAUUUUUAUUCAAUUUACUCUAAGAUUUUGUCGUAUACGCGUGAUUUAAUUAGAUUUCAACAAGUAAUACAUAAAAUAUUUACAAAUGAUUUUGAUUCGGACGUAUUUGGGUUUGAGCGAACAAGGACGGAAUACUUACAUGGAUAUAAUGCCCGUUUUAUCAUUCUGCAUGUGCGUGAAAGAAAUGUCAGUUUAAAGAAUGGUAAAAUACGUAAUUUGUUGCUGUGUUAAAAUGUAAUGCACCUGAACAUAUGUGAAUAAUACUUUUGCUAUGUGAUAGUGUGUGUGAUAAAACAGAUGAUCAAUUCCGUUGUAAUGAAACGAACAAAAAUAUAGUGUUGGGUAGCUAGUUUUUGACAGCCGGCAGGCUCGUCGUAAGUGACUUACGAUUGGCCCCCUAUAAAAAUGAACAGUCGUGGUAGUGUAAAUGAAUCGAAUUUGGUGAAUCUCUCAGGGGAUCUGUUGAAUCCAUUGGAUACGAAGGAGUCGUUAGCGCUGAGUUUUCCGUUUGAUCACAUAUACGCUUGUCACUCGGAGGAAUCAGAUCGCCGACAGGCGCAUCUUGACAAGGAAGUAGAAAUUGCCCUCCCUGAUGACAAGGAACCAGGGCCUCCUGGAGAACAAUCGCUUGAGGUCAGUAGACUCUCAGAGAGAUUAACUGCUGCUGAAAUUCAAAAUCAAAGAUUGAAAAGUUUGCUGGUCUAUCAUCUGGAUUUGAUACAACAACAAAAUGAUCUUAUAACCAAGAAAGAGAAACAAAAUACAGCUCUGCAAUUGGAAAAUGACUCUCUUAAAUCUAAGGUGACACGUAUGGACAGAAGGAUAACAGUGAGUCAAAGGCAUAAUGUUAAUCCUGCUCCUGUUUUAAAUCUGCCACCUCCCACAAGCGUGCCACCACCUACAAGCGCUCCGGCACUUACCAGUGCAGCACCACCAUCUCCGACCCUUGCAACUAUCAAAACUGAACCAGGAACUUCUGACAAUCAGUUGGUCUAUAAUAGUAUUACUGACUUUUUGGUGCCAGAAACUAGAAAGAGUCCAUAUCUUUUUAAUAAUGAUAUAACUAAAACAAAACCUUUGAUGCCAGACGCUUUUGAUUUGAAUAGACCUGCAGAAUCAGAUGUGCCCAACUACUUAACAGGGGACAUAGGCGUGCCCUCGAUUUUGGAGAAUACCGGGCUGCCGUGCGACAACUUCAACAUGAUUGAAAACAAGCAGUCCUACAUCAAAAAGGAAAUCAAGACUGAACCUCGACCGGAACCGUUGUACACCGUCACGUCAAACAGGUUCGGCAACACCGUGAUCCAGAAGAUACAGAGGAAUCGAAGGAGGACAUCCGGAGGUUUAGGUAGUCUAAGUCGAUUACCUAAAACGCCUGUUGUUAAAACCGAACCUCAAGAAAAUGUGUUUGAAGAUGACAAAGCUUUCGACCGAUCCUUCAGUGUUAAUAAAAAAUCGAAAAUGAUUAAUACAUAUAGCAAGUCUAAGAAUGCCAGUCUUCCAAAGAAAACACCUCACUACACCGGUUCCCUGUCAGAUCGGUUACAAUUGAUUGAUACGACACCUACUGGUGAAGACCCGUACCAACUAGGGGAGGCUGAUAUGAGAGAGCAAUCGCCGAUUCCGAAACUUAUGCUUCAAAAAACAAACCACGGUAGGCUGAAAAUAUGCUCGGAUCUUAUGGGGGAGAGCGCUAUUCCCUCUAGGCGAAUAUAUGAUGCGCCAGCGACGGAAACAAGUUCCAAAAUGCCAAAUAAAAUAAAACUUGAGAAAAGAUAUAAUUUACCAAACAUGAUCCCUUAUUCAUCUCCGCAAGCAACUACGCAUACGCUUACGCACGCGUCGCUAACGACUACAGAUACGGGGUCGAUGAUGUCCACCUACACGCACGUUCCUAAAUCGUCAGCCCAUACACCUAAGCAAACGGCUACUUCUAAGCAGACAACUCCUAAGCAAACAACCAGGCAGACUUCAGCGCACAGCGCUAAGCACUCGGCGGUAUCUACGAAUGCGGGCACUUACACGAACACGUACACGCAUACUACUAGAAAUUCGAGUACCCGUAGCCACACGACCCCAAACAAAGGCAGGGCGUCACAAAGGAGUUCUCAAUCUGGCUCUCGGAAAUCCACGCAAGCAGCAGCGAACAAACUUCUGAACGUGAGUGCGGUGAACACUGUGAGCACGGUCAACUCUGUGAACACAGUUAAUGCGGUGAGCACGGUUAACACGAUGAACACGAUGAACACGGUUAGCACGGUCAACACUGUUAACACUGUGAACACGGGGAAUACGGUGAACACAGUGAAUGCGGGGAAUACGGUGAACGCGGUGAAUACCGUUAACGCGCUGAAUACACCAAAGCCCGUCAUUAAAACCUCAUUAUCGACAACACUUAAUAAUCUGCAUACAGCGACACUUGCCGCUUUACACAUGGUACCCCUGGCGCUCACACAUACUCCCACGCAGGGUCACCAAUUGCAUGCUGCGAUAAUAUCUACACCGCUCAAACAAACUACUCUUAAAGAAAUUAAAAAAGAAUCUCAAGAUGCUGCGAUGUCGACGCCGAAGACAGCAAUUCUACAUCAACCGCUGAUAAUACAACAACCGGCGUUGGUAAAGCAAGCAGGGCUAGUGCAGCAACCGGGAAUAGUACAGCAGUCAGCGAUGGUACAACAACCCUCGCUACUACAGCAACCCUCGCUACUACAGCAAACGGGGAUGCUACAACAGCCGGCCAUAUUACAGCAAACUGCUAAUAUGCAGCAUUUAACGUUGGCACAACAAACAGCGUUAGCGCAACAAGCGGCGUUAGCGCAACAAGCGGCAUUAGCGCAACAACCUGGCUGCUCCAACAUGCAACAGGAUGGGGACGUAAAGAAAGAAUCAGCCUUGCGUGUGGACUGGUCUUUGUACAACAACCUUAAUUUGAGCAGUGACCCCACAACCGCUUUAACCGACUUCUAUACAGAGGACCCGGGCUCACCUUUACCACAGUUUGAUGUUGCCGAAUUUCGGCAAUUAAUGGAAAACGAAGCAGCGGCGGCUGCCGCAGUAGCUGCUUUAGAUAAAAUGGAUGCACUGGAUUAUGGCGCGAUCGAAAAAAAUGAAGCCGAUCAGGUCAAAAAAAGGGGAGCACGAACUGCAAGCCUCAUCGCUCCCGGUGUUCUUGAAGAGAAAGCUACGGAUAACCGUCGUGGUAUGGGCAGCAAACGUGGAAGGAAGCGUGCACUGUCUAGCGCUGGAUUAAUGAAAAAUGCAAAGCAAAAUUUAUCGAAAGCAGUCGGGCCCAAGCCAAAAAUGAUUAAGGGAAAAGCUGCGUGUCGCGGCAAGAAAUCUCCUCUGCCGGGAAUGACAACGGGCAAACCGUAUCACACUCUGGUGGGAGACCCGGACCUAUCGUGGUACCUCGGUCUGGACCCCGACGUUAAGCAGGAAGACAUCGAUCAGGGGGACUGCAAAGCCUCCACUGUAGAGGUACCGAGAUGGCGGGAAAAACCAUACUCCAGUUUGUAUAGUCUUGAAGGAACAGAAAACUUAGAUGAUAAGAUUUUCGAAAAGCGUCACCAAAAAUUAGAAGCCGAAGAAAGACGGCAACUAAGGUGGCAUAUGAGACGAAUCCGUGAGCAGCGACAUGUAGAGCGUCUUCGAAUGCGGCAGCGGGAUCCUUGGUAUAGCGGGCACUCUCACUACCAACCUUCAGUAUACACGAUCUGGCCGCAGCCUCAAAGGGAUGUGCGAAUGAUCGAAAUCACCGAUACCAUACCAGUUAUGGCUUUCGGGGAGGACCUGCCCGAUAUACCACCGGCUGACUUUAUGUUGCCGUGGGUGAGAACAUCAAAAGCUUUGAAGAGAUCUAAACGUUCGAAGACGCUACAUUGAUCGUCCAUGGACUGCGUACCACGCUCGGAUUUAGAUUCCCAGUUGGGCCACUCCAUGAUAGGUAUUUGAUGUGUAUUUUAACGUUCACCAAUCAGAACGGAUUUCUGCCAAAAGAUGGGUCUGAUUGGACUGUAAGUAGUAAGCCGGUAUGGCUCAUUCCAGAGUCGUGUUAACACCGUAUAGUGAAACCUACAAGAGCAUGAUUAAAAGGACAUUACUAAUUUUGGGAUGGCGUUGACACCUGUUGACGAUUGCUCUUGUGGUUGUUUCGACCGUAGGAUUUAAGAAUACUAUUGUCGUGUUAUAUGGUCAAUGGUCGCGGCUCGUACCGGCUCUUUAUAGGAAAGUUAGUUGACAACUAUACCUGAGUCGAUAAAUAAUUUCUCAGUCUAGUAUUAUUCAGUAUACUUAUACUGAAUAAUAAUAGAAAAUAUUUCAAGUCUCUUAACUGAAUAAAAAAGGAGUUUAAAUGUUUAGUUUUUGUUUGUUGAUCAACAAUAGAGUGAUAUAGAAAUUAAUGUUUUAGGAUCAAGCGUCAGACAUAGUUCUAGGCAUAAUAGUAAAAUCACAGAUUAUUUAUUUGUGUCUACGAUAAGUACUUACUUCGUAGGAACUAAAUUUUCAAGAAAUUUGAAGUUAGUAAUACAUUUUGUAGUGUAUUAUAAUUAUUAAAAUCAGUGGAAUGAAAUUAACAUAUGCCAGGUUUUGUAGUGGUUUCAAAGAUUAAAUUAUGAUGUUGGUCAUCUCGAUUAUAAUAGACUAGAUGGUAGUACAUGUUUUAAGUACCUAAACUGUAUUAGUCACUGUCUUAAAAUUGCUAUUCCGUGUGAAAUGAUAUGUUAAGCGAUUUCAAUUUAGAUAAAAACCUAUAUCAAUCAACCCUUAAAAAAGAGAUAGCAUCUCAGGUUAGUUCUUACAUGUGCACAUUUAUAAGAAAACAAAAAAUAAAAUUAAAAACAAUAUCAGUGUUUACAAUGUAAGGCACAUUAAAAUAGUAAUUCACACUGGUUUUUUAUAAUAGACUCCAAGUACUUAGAUCAAUAAUCAAUAAUAUUAAUAAAGUUAUGAUGCUAUACAUGGAAAUAUGAAAUAGAUCCUCAUGUACUUCCAUUUUUCGUAGUAUGUAGUACAGUACAGUACUAUCAAUAGCAAAAAAGCUUACGGACUUUACGGCAACCAGCCCUUGACUAAGUACACCACACGUAGGAAUCUUACGGCCAUACUCCAGAGUUAUUUAAUGAUUACUUAGCCCACUCCUUAGCAAUCGUUUUCAAUAUGGGUGCGGCAGUUAAAUUUUGUUUCAUAUACGAUUCAUAUUCGGAAAUCUUCGUAGGUACUAAAUAAAUAUUCAGUUGUCGUUUAACCAUUUUGACGCUGGGUUUCAAAUGAAACCCAAAGUAGAAUUCGUUAGAAACUAUCUGUCACAUACUUUUGUACCAUAGAUGUGAGUAUGGAAGUACUUGGGCCACGGUAUGAGGGGAUUACAGCAAGGUGCGGUAGUGUCCGGGUCCUAAGCUUAAUACUAAGAUACCAUUCAGAUGCGAUACAAUAAUACGGCUUUAAAUUGCCUGAUACAAAACAAACAAUGUAUUUUUGACGAUGACUCAUUGGUUUAAUUUAAUUUAAAGCUCUCUAUAGCUUUGUUUACGAGACAAAAUAGUGCAUUUUAUAUUUUACAACGUACUACUUUGCCACGCAAACUAAAUAGGGAUAUCGUUAAGUGUUUGUACCGGAUUUACGUUUUCUAUGUGAUGUGUGGGCACCACAAACCGUUGUGCAAUGCCGCCACAAAAGUUUAUAUAUUUUUGACAUUUUUUAUAUAGUUUUUGUUGUAAAUAUUUCAUUGAUUAUUAUUAUUGACAUUGUUGUAAAUAUCGAACAUAUAGGAUAUGUUCAAAUCAUCGUUUACUUUUGUACUAAUUACUUAAGUUUUACUUACAAGUCAAAACUUAAUUGUAACAUUUUCGCAAGUUAUUUAGUGAUCUAGUUUCCACCGGUACCUUGGUCUGGAAUGAAUGUAAGGCCGCUUCCGUAAGGAUGAAUGGUCCAUAAUUAAAUUGUUAAAGGAUACAUUUUUGACUGGGUAUUAUAUUUUCUUAUUUAUUGCACAGUAUAAUACAUACUUUCUUCCUUAAUAAUCGGUUUUAAGGUCAUCUCACUUCAAUUACUAAUAUAUUAUUAUUUAUUUUGAAUUCUACCUUUAUUUCAAAUUCCUUCUUUUUACUAUACAAAAUAUAUAUUACAAUCAUACUAUAUAAAUUAUUAAAUUAAGAUGGCUCAAAUUACAAAUUAAUAUUUCGGUAUGCCAGUUCACAUUUGAUUCUUUGUCGUACAUAAAAAAGAAAAUAAAAAAAAAAUACAAUAAUAUAAAUAAAAAGAAAAUACAAUUAUUUCCGUGAUUAUAAAGAAUAUAAAUGAGUAACAUAGCAGAACAGAUUUUCUUUUUUUUUUCUCUAUUAUUUGACAUACUUUACUACUUACUAUUUUCCCCGUAAUACAUUUACGGUUAUAUAUUUUUACAAGUACACUUCCAAUAAAUUACUAAAUGCAAUAUUUUCGCAUAAUAUAUUUUGUCAGAACGGGCAUCGUACUUCAAAAUGUGGGUAACUCCUGUAUGCUUUUACUAGUCGUAGAAUGGACAUAGCAUCAAAUGUUAUAAAGCUAUACAACUGUUCUACAUGAUGCAAUUAUGUUAGCUUUACAAUGAUCUAAACAGUACUUUGGAUUUGAGAGUAACACUUAUACUUAAAGUAACUGAGUGUUCGACCGUAGCUAGUUGUGUAUCUAAUAAAUGAAUUCUUGUUUUAUUCGUAACAGGUAUAUGAAGUACUGCGACGCAUUGUAAACCAGCGUUGUUGCUUCUACUAUUUGUAGAUUUUGUGUUAAACUAUAACCGCUGUAUCUAAAGUCUUCGUAUCCUAGAAACGUGGAUAGUUAUAAAAUUACUGCUCUUAUCGAGAAAUGUAAAUAAUGUUGUACCUAAUAUAAAGACACGCGGGAGAUAAAUGAAUGGAAAUCUGUGAUUAUUGAAGACUGCGCUGGGAAUAUAAGUAAGUCUCGUUACUUUCAUGUCGAUGGAAUGUAAUCGCAUUUAUAUAGUGGAACGGCUAAUUACUAAAGUACGGGAUUCGCGUAUUAAAUUAUGAAAUAAAUAUAUACGUGUACUGUAUGUAUGAACUUAGAACUUCUCUCGUCAUCUUUACUUAUUGUUUUUUUGCGUACCGUAAUGAAAUAGGGAGGUUUAGAUUAAAUUCAAUGAAAUUGUAGAUGGUUUCUUUCACCUAUGGUAGUUUAUAGAAACUACCAUGACGAAUAAUAAUAGUAUUCGUCAGGCAAAUUUCUUACGAUUACGAUUUGUUUGCUUAAAAUAAAUUCGUAAGUAAUAAUACGAUCUUGGCUAAGUCGUUGUUUAAUGUAUGUAAUUAGGUUCGUAAAUAUAAGUCAGUAGUAGGCUUCCUAAAACAGUUUCGUCUCUGUCUCCCAAUAAACAUUAUGAUAGAAAUUAUAGCUUAAAGGCAAAAUUCAAAAUAUGUGCCAAUAUUAGGUACUUAUUUAUUAAAAUCAACUUCUAAUAAAAUUUAUUGCUGGUAUUUCGAAUAAAAAUUCAUAUUAGCAGUACGGAAUAUUAACAGACUCCGUUCUUUAUUCUCCAUUAAAGAAUAUUUGAUUAAACUUAAAUUUAAUGUAUGUAAUUGUAAAAAAGGUAAAAGGUGUUGUACUAAUAUUAGCCACAAGCCGCUGAUAACAUUUAUAUUUGUAAUUUAACACUGUCUUUCUGUGUUCGAUCGUUCGGUAACUUUGAUAAUCAUGUGCAUUUUCUGAAAGAAAAUUAUUCUAUUAUAGUAAGUUUGAUCAAUAUUACUCUGUGUUCAGGAAGCGUUCGUUGACACCCUAUUGACGAUUUGUAAAACCAAAUUGGCUUUAUGUCAGGUUGAUGUAAAUAAUCUGUAACCCUGUGUAAAUAAGGGUAGAUGUACCUAAAGAUAAUAUUCGUGCAAGUUGCAAUUUGAAAUGUGUUGCGAACAGAACAAUAGACACGUGGGUACGGUAACACCCCUAAUUUUCUUCCUUUAUGAUAAUAAUUAUAGCGUAUAGGCUAUAUCCAUGUGUUCCGAGCAGUAAGCCCUCUGUAUACAAUAUAUUUAUAACCGCUUAGUAAUUAUCGUGUUCCAAAUGUCCAUGUACAGAUAAUUCUGCUAUUCUGUAACACGCUUUUUGCGCAUUGGUGUAAUUAUGUACCGUGUACUAUAGGAAUUCGGUCAUGUUCACCAAUGCAUUGCCCAUAGAGGUUGCUUCGCACAUUGUCCGUUUAUUUUCAAUCCUUUUAAGUUAUUUCAAAUCGUGAUAUUUAUUUCAUACAUUCCUUGCUUUAUCUCCAAAAUUUUGUCACACAAUUAACGUACCUGGAAAUUUUAGAUAAUUCAAUAGUUUAAUGUUUCUUAUAACUUGCUGUUUCCACGAAUAAAAAAACCUAUUCUUAAAAUUUUUGAAAAUAGAAUUACCAUAUUUAAAUCGUAGUUAUAUGUGUUUUUAAAGUUCUGAUAAUAGAGAGUAAUGGUAAUUUUAUUGUUCGUCUAUUUACUUAGAAUACCUGCAUUACAUUUAGAUGUGAUAUGUUUUAAGAAAUAUGCUCCCUCAUUUGGGAGAAGUGAGUCCCAGUGGCAUAAAAUAUAUGUAGUAAAUAAACAUACCUGUGGAUAGGUAGGGUAUAUGUUUUAGUCGUUUACAAUUUUCAAAAAAAUAUACACUUAUUAUAUGGAACCUUUUCAACAUGAAUGUACACGAGCCUAAAAAUGUGAGGAGCUUUUUAACGAGUAUCUUAGAUGAAGUAUUUGCGUGUUUAGGAUGUUUACAGAGGUUUUGGUUACCAUAGACGUGGGCACUGGGCAGUAGGUCCCAAUCUAGACCAUUAUAAUUUACCCAAUUAAUUACUAACAAACCUUGUUGUAUGUUAUUGUACCUAUCAUUAAUGAUAUUGGAAUUAAUUGCAAAAUACGUUCUAUGGCUAUACAAUAUGGAAUUAUCAUUAGUAAUAAAUAAUAAAAUAUAAUUAUACACGCCUUGAUGAUAAGACAACACCCAUCUAUAGUAACAUCUUCGUAUUUAUUAUUUAAAACCUCUGAAACGGUAAUUGCAAAGUCAGUUGUAGGAAUGUAAUAUGAUCUGUAACAUUAGCUAGAAAAAAGCAGUUUUAACAAUAGGAAGAUCUUGUGUCAUUAGUUGUAGAAAGGACCAAAAAAAUCGGUCGUUUAUUAAAAUAUUUAAACACUAUCUAAUCGAUCUACUUUCCAAAAGAUAAGAAUUUUUUUCAGAUUAGAUAAGGCAUAUUUAAUCAAUACGUGUUUGUAAUCUUUUGCAAUUUGAGACUUAUUCGAGUAAUGUUGAGGAGCAUAAUAAUAUAUCUAUGCACUUGAAGCAAGUCUCCUUCAAGUAAAAGCCAAAUAUAAAACGUUUAAGUAACAUUAUAUGAAUGAAGUUUUUUUUUUUCAUUUUUAUUUAUUGGGUAUAAAUUCUUUUUGUAAAUGAGCAAUUAAUUGUUAUGCUAUUAUGAAUCACCAUUAUAUAAUUAUAUUUUGAAAUCAUGAAGUGGUAUGUAAAUAUUUUGUGGGCGAUGUUAGUUAAAUAAAGUACGUCUAAAUUGCAUACUACGUAACUACACAUUUAUGUUAGAAAUAUCAGUUUUAGAUAACUGAUUUAACAAGCAUUCAUUGAACUGUUCUGUCAUCACAAUCAAAGUUAUUCUGAUCCUAUAGACUGUCUGACACGUAGAACAGGCGUGUAGGUCUCGUGGCCACAUCGGAGAUUUGCUCAUUUCAUGAAAUACUUGAGUAGUUUAUAAAAUGGUUAUAUUCCAUAAUGUAGGCAACUUAAUUUGACCCGAAAACUGAAUCGUCUACAUUUCAUACCGCUUUGUUCACCUUGUGUGGUAUCAUUUAAUUGGGUACCAAACUUAAAAAUCUAUCUAGUCUGUCAGUUAGUCAGUUAAAAAAAUAUUAACACUUAUUUUUUAUUUUGUCAUAUCAGGUUAGAAUACUAAAAUACGUGUAUUACCAUUUUAAAACAAUCUACCUGACGGACAAUCUACUUUAGAUACUACCCUAUUAUUCCAUGAAAUACUCAAGGAUUUAAUGAGGUAAGCAAAUCCACGAUAUGGUCGCGACACAAGAAUGUGUACUCAACAGAGCCAGACAACUACAUACGUCAGGUUUUCUCAUAAGCUGAUGCAGUGUCGGCAGAUAACUAAUGCUUUAAUAUAUGUUUUGUAGUACUGUUUAUUUGGAUGUCGCGCAUCGGAUGUAAUGUAAAAAUAUUUUUCGUUUCGAAUAUUUUUUGUUUGUUAUUAUAUUAGUACGGUAAAAUAAUUAAUAGGAAUCUUUAAUAUUAUUUUUGUAUUCGCACGUGUAAAUGUUAUUUGAUUGUAAAUAAUCAUGCUUAUGUUGAAUGAUCUUUCUUUGAGACCGAGUUGGUCUUCAUUAUUUAAGCCAUGUAAUUAAAUGUUAGCGUUUUUAAUUAUUUUUAAGUGUCGGGAACUUAAUAUUAUUAUCUUGAGUUAGAGUAUUUAUGUCAGCGAUGUCCUGUUAGCAUUUUACGUUGAAAGCCACAAGUAAACAUUAUGUUAACUUUAUUUUUUGUUCAUAGUCAUUCAUUUCAUAUUAUUUAAGUAAAUAUAAUCAAUUUUACAUAGGAAGGGCAUUGUGAUGUUUGGUGUUACUUAAAGAUAUAGUGGUGAUUAAAUGUCCUUUUAAAGUAUCGAUAGAAUAUCUAAACAAUAUAAUCCAUAGUAUCAGGACAAAUUGGUUAUGGUCACAGAAUAAAAAUAAAUUUGUUACUUUUUCAAAAUUAUUAAUUAAAAAAACUACAAACAAAAAUAACAACAACAACAGUGUAUUAGAUAAUACUAAGUGCCACCGUACCCUUCCUAUGUGGAAUGAACUAUUGCUGUUCUUUGUGAAAACAAUAGGGACGGCUAGGUGAAGGAGAGAAUAACGCUAGGAUGGUAAGAUGCCCGGGCGUUUUAGUCCGAAUUAUCUCCAUUAUUAGUUAUUUAAUUUAAUAUUAUAGUUUCGAUUAUUUUAUUUUUAAAAUUGCGAGUACUUUGUCAUAAUGGUCGUUAGUUAGCAUUCGAGUUACUUGUGGCUGUGUGGUGGACGGACUUACGUUAAGUUUAAGUAUUAUAUAGAUUACAUUGUUGUUGAAGAGUAAGCUUAUUAUUAUAAUUUCUUAAACAAUAGCUGUUAAUGUGUAGCGUUGCAGUGCAGUUAAAUUGUUCCACUCGAGUAUAGACACAGUGUUACGAAGUAAUUGUUAAACGUUUCGAUUAGAUCCGAUACUUACUGCACUCACCACUUGGCAUAAAAAUAAUAAGAUCUCAUUAAUCGUUAAUUAAUAAUUUGGAAUUUAACUGUUCUUUAGAUAUUAUGGAAGUAAAGUCGGGUACACUUGGCAUAAAGUGUAGGUACAAAAUGUUCUGAUUGAAAUAGCAGCAUUGUACCGACUAUAAACAAUAGGAAAUUGCAUAUCAAUUUAGAGAAAUGUAACAUCGGCGACUUCAAUAACUUUUGUCUGAAUAAUACCUUACUUUGUGUUUGUAAACUGUAGUUGUACACUAGUUUGUUUGUUUUUGAUUAUUCAACAAAAAAUGUGAAUUAAUCUGCUGUGUAGAUACUAUUAUAACGUGGCAUUUAUUAAAUAAUCUUUAAAUAUAUGUUUCAGUGUACAAGUUAGUAGUGUAUAUAACACACUAUUAAAAUUAGGUAGCUUAAAUAUUUAUCUUCCCAUAUAUUUAAGGCUCCUAACUUCGGUUUAAUUACGAAUUCAUGUGAUACUUCAGACUAAGUUGUAUAAGUACAUGGAAAUAAAGGAACUUUGUCUUUAGAAUUGA